AUGACUGCCGAGGUCAAACCGACCCUUCUCUCCAUACCUGGGGAGAUUCGCAACCACAUUCACCGGCUUCUGCUUGACCCGAAUGCAAACCGCGAAUACGACCCUAAUACUGAUAAAUACAACUACAGAUACGGCGACUCCCUCGCCCUCUUCCGCGUCAAUCACCAAAUCUACUCAAAAGCCCAAUACAUCUUCUGUCAACUAAAUAUCUUCGUCUGUGUCGAGAUAGAGCGGCCUAAGGGGACGCACGCGCUCAUCCACGCGCUUGGAAGUCAUGUCUCCUUCGUCAAAGAGGGUCAACAUGCAAAAUCCUUCACGGACCACAGCCUUAGCUUGCGCGUUUCGCGUGUCGUCCGCUUCUUCAUGGGACAAGAGGAGCCGCUGCACUUCGUCAUGCUCCUCGAGAAUCUGAACAAGCCCACUCACAGCUGGCUUUGCGCGCAUCUUGAGUAUCCUGGCGCCAAUGGAUAUCUGGAGCUCGAAUUGAGUCUCCGUGACCGUUGUCUUCUGCACCAAGACGAGGCAAUGACAACUGAGUCACUGCAGCGGCAGCUGCUUAUGCCCUUCGGCAUGGUUAAAUGUCUCCGUAAAGUCACCGUGAAGGGCAAUCCAACUCCGCUGCCGUCGGUCGUAUGCGAGUCGCGCAACGCACAACGCGACCCCAUGCCUACACAAGAACAAUGCUUGAGCGAAGCGACUAGGCUCAAAGAGGAAGGCAAUAAGGCACUCAAGCAGGGCUGCCAGCGACACGACUACGGCCAGGACUUCUUCCUUGAUGUGUUUACGGAACGGGAUCCGCCACGCGGCAGGGAAUGGCUCGACGCGAGAGAGAAACUAAGCAUGCAACUUCUGGCAAACACAUGCCAGGUAUUUCUCAAGCUGAAGGACUGGAAUCGACUGAUAGAAUGCGGCCAGCAGACCAUUCAUUACUUCAGAUCAUUUCGGGAGCAGGGGGAUAUGCGGCCAUUGAGGGAAGCAUGCCGUCGUAUUCCUGGUGCCGACUCGUUUGCUAAAAUUUACUACCGAACAGCGCUGGGGUACAAGGCACUUGGGGAGAAGGAUGCGGCCGUAAAGUUACUCAGAGUUGCAGAGGUAUAUCUACCACUUGAACGGGCCAUUCAGAACGAAAUCGCAGGAUAUGGUUCGCGCGCUGGUCGAGCUUGA